AUGAAAGAAGAACUUGGGGCUAUAGAAAGAAACAAGACCUGGGAGUUAAUUGAGCUUCCAAGGAAUAAGAAAGUCAUCAGUGUCAUAUGGGUUUACAAGGUGAAACUAAAGCCAGAUGGAUCAAUUAGCAAACACAAAGCAAGGUCAUUAGCUAGAGCAUUUCUCCAGAAAUCUAGACUAGAUUACUUUGAGGUGUUUGAUCAUGAAGCUUAUGUAUCACAAGCUCCUAGAGUCUGGAAUUUGAAAAUUGAUUUAUUUUUCAAGCUUCAAGGAUUCAUAAAAUGUAAGAUGGAUUAUGGUUUUUAUGUUCAACAUACAUCUGAUAACAAUAUGAUUCUGCUGAAGUAUGAACUUGAGAUUUUGAAGAGAUUUGAGUUGAUGAAUUGCAAGUCUGCAAUCACACCUACUGAAACAAAUCACAAGUUGGAUUUUGAUGUUGAGGGUGAUUAUGUAGAUUGUAUAACUUUUAAACAGUUGUUGGAAUAA